AUGAGGAAACCGAUCAUAUACCUAUAUUCUCCGCAGCCAGUGCAUGCUGUGGUGCAAGUGUCCCUCGUCAAGGCUUGGUCCUUCUCCGCUGUCUACCCGAAUGUUCCGAUCAAAGAUUCCGAGAUUGGACAGUCCGUCUUGUGGGAGGUCGACGUUCAAAAGGAUCACACUCUGACGACUACUAAUGGUACUCGGGUGUCCUAUUUGUUCUGGGAGGCCGAAAAUACGAAUUCCAUCCUCCCAUUCGAUCCAUCAUUUGGCCGAAUCACAAAUGAAAACUCCGUCGUCCUCCGUGCUUCCCAAGCUGCAGAAUACCUCGACAAAGCCCUCCUCGCUCUCAGCCUACACGUUGAAGCCCGGAUUUCGUUCAUCACAUACUGGCUCCCGUCAAUUCUGAAACACGACUACGUCGCACUUACAUUCCUCCCCCAAUCCUCAUACUCAUGCGCCGCCCCACUCAGCGUCGACCCCAAACCAGAUAUCAUCACCCGCGUGUUCAUGCUCUUCAAGAGAGUCCAUGACGACGAGUUGGUGGAGUGGGAGGGAGCGCUUACUCGGGCAUUUGAGGAAGUAGAUUGUUGGAAAGGUGUGGUUGGUGUGGAUGGUGAUGGGAUGGACGAUGAGGCGCUCUUUAGGGUGUUCGAGUGGGGUGGGAUGGAGGUUGUGCAUUAA